AUGGCGUUCAAGUUUGUCGCUUUCGCCGCCCUCGUGGCCGUCGCCAACGCCGGUGUUCUCGCGCCCGGUGCCCCCUUGGCUUACGCCACGGGCCCCGCGGUCGUCGCCGCCCCCGUUGCCAAGGCCGUGGUAGCUAAGGCCGUCGACGCCGAUUACGACCCGCAUCCGCAGUACAGCUACGCCUACGAUGUGCACGACAGCCUGACCGGCGACGCCAAGAGCCAACAGGAGACCCGCGACGGCGACCUCGUCCAGGGUAGCUACUCCCUCUUGGAGGCCGACGGCACCAGGCGCAUCGUCGACUACACCGCUGACCCGGUCAACGGAUUCAACGCCGUAGUCCGCAAGGAACCCGCCGCCGUCGCCGUCAAGGCCGUCGCCCCGGUCGCCGCCGCCCCCAUCGCGCACGCACCCCUCGCCUACGCUGCCCCGGUCGCCAAGAUCGCCGCCCCUGUGGCCCAUGCCGCCCCCCUCGCCUACGCUUCUCCAGUCGCCAAGCUGGCCUCCCCGAUCGCUAGCUCCCUGUCUUACUCUGCUCCUCUCUCUUACUCCGCUCCUCUCUCUUACUCCGCUCCUCUCUCUUACUCCGCCCCCCUCUCUUACUCCGCUCCCCUCUCUUACUCUGCCGGCAUUGCUAAGAUCGCUGCCCCCGCUGUAGCCCACUACGGACACGCUGCACCCCUUGCCUAUGCCGGCUAUGCCGCGCACGCCGCCCCCCUUGCCUACGCCGCGCAUUCCGCCCCUCUCGCGUACGCCGCGCACGCAGCCCCCAUCGCUAAGAUCGCCGCCCCCAUCUCCUAUGCCGCCCCCGCUGCCUACAUCCACUAA